AUGGACUCGGCAGAGAAAACAGAGGCGCAUCAGCAGGAGGUGACUACCGGGGGCCCGAUCACCACGAUGGACCCCCAACGCCGUAUCGUGGUCGAGAAGAGCCUGAAGCGCAAGCUUGACGCGCGCUGCUCGCUCUUCAUCCUGCUUUACAUCAUGAACUACCUCGAUCGCAACAACAUUGCCGCCGCCCGGCUAAAGGGUCUCCAAGACGACCUCAAGCUCUCAUACAAUGAAUAUGCCACCUGCCUCAGUAUUCUCUACGUCGGUUACAUUCUCAUGCAGGUCCCCUCCAACAUGAUUAUCAACCUGGUGUCACGACCCUCGUUGUAUAUUGGGUGUUCGAUGUUGUUGUGGGGUCUUGUCUCGACCCUCUCCGGUAUUGUCAACAACUUCGGCGGCAUGGUUGCGAUCCGGUUCUUCCUGGGCUUUGUGGAGGCCGCUUUCCUCCCCGGCGCGCUGCUCAUUUUGUCAAAGUGGUACACCCGCCGCGAGCUGACGACCCGCAACGCCCUGCUUUUCUGCGGCAACCUCAUUUCCAACGCCUUUUCCGCCCUCGUAGGUGCCGGUGUUCUGUCGAACAUGCAAGGCACCCUCGGCCAUGCUGCUUGGCGGUGGCUGUUCUUUAUCGAGGGUGGUGCGACCAUGUUCAUCGCGCUGCUGGCUGCGGUCAUCCUGCCUGACCUGCCGCACAACUCGCGAGGCUUCACCGAGGAGGAGCGCUACGUCGCGCAACUUCGCAUGACGGAAGACGUUGGUCUUGCGGAUAGUGACGAGGGCCAGUCCAUUUGGACGGGUCUGAUCAUGGCCGCCAAGGACAGCAAGGUGUAUUUGAUGAUGCUCACGCUCACUGCGUACGUCGUGGGCCUGUCGUUCAACGCCUUCUUCCCGACUCUGACCGGUACCCUGGGCUUCGAUUACGUCCCGACUCUUCUGAUGAGUGCUCCUCCCUGGGUGUUUGCCUGCUUGAUCUCGCUCCUCAACGCGUGGCACUCCGAUCGGACCCAGGACAAGUUCUGGCACAUCACCGGCCCGAUCAUCAUGGGUCUUGUUGGUUUCAUUAUCAGCAUGUCGACGCUUAAUGUUGCGGCGCGCUAUGUUGCUCUGUUCCUCCAGGCCGGUAGCUACGCUGGAUUCAUCGUCUUCUACUCCUGGAUCUCCUCCUCCUUCCCCCGCCCCCCUGCCAAGCGUGCCGUGGCCAUCGCCAUGAUCAACGCCUUCAGCCAGCUGGGCAAUGUGGCCGGCUCCUACGUCUGGAAUUUACCCGAGAACGGUUACCGCAAGAGCUACGGCAUUGUUACCGCCAUGUUUGGAAUCACCAUUGUUGGGUGUCUCAUCUUCCGCAUUGUGUUGGUGCGGUUGAACAAGCAGCUGGAUAUCGAGGAGGCGACAAGUGGUGGUGUUGUGGAUGAGAAGUCUGGUGUGAAUGCGAAGAAUGACCCGGAGAGGGCUAACAAGGCUUUCCGGUAUUUGGUGUAA